CUUUUCUCUCUAGUCUAUAAUCUAUAUACUGUGCACAGCAAAGAGAUGAUAAUGGCGGCCUUAUCAUCUUCCUCUUCUCAGCUGAUUGGCCACCGUAUCUUCCGACCACCGUCUACGGCGGCGACUCCCUUUUCUUUCCUCUCUCUCUUCCUCUUCAAACCCCAAACCCUUCGCAUCGAAACGACGCCACUUCGUCGUCCCUCCCCAUUCCUCUUCACUUCUCCUUCUUCACGUUCUCUUCUCUCCUCCUCCUCUUCCUCCUCAUUCCCUGAAUCAACUCCUCACUCUCUCUCUAACUCCCAAGUACUCGUACAAGAAUUUGAUGCUGUCGAUGAAUCUGACGAUGAACUUGAAGAUUCCGUAUCAGAAGAAGCAGAGAUUGGCGGUGACACAACUAGAAAGGUUUUGGAUUCCCCACUUUCAAUUAGAGAGAGAGAAUUGAAAUCGAAGUUGCCGAGUCUUAGUGUGAAGGAAAAGAAAGAGUUGGCUUCAUAUGCACACAGUUUAGGGAAAAAGCUCAAGUCUCAACAGGUGGGCAAGUCGGGGGUCACUGAUUCGGUUGCCACUGCGUUGAUUGAAACCCUAGAAAAAAAUGAACUCAUCAAGAUUAAAAUACAUGGAAGCUGUCCAGCGGAGCUAAAAGAUGCAGUGAAGCAACUAGAAGAAGCAACAGGGUCAGUGGUGGUUGGUCAGAUUGGUCGGACUGUGAUUCUCUAUAGGCCCAGCUUGUCAAAGUUGAAGGCAGAGGAGAAAAAGAAACAGAAUCAAGAAGCUUUAAUCAGAAGACGGAUGGCAUAUAGAUCCUCAUUUCAGAAUAAAGGACAAGUGCCCAGACUAUCUGGGCGUACUCGUCGAGGAAGUAGCAAGUUUUGAAUCCCCUCAUUGUCUUGGGCUGUUCUCCACUGGUUCUGUUUUGAGUAGCUGCAGCACUUCCAUGUUGUCUUCCAUGUUGUCCAGUGCCUUAGCUCAAAAAAGGCUGUUUCUGGAGCAAUAUGAAUGUGGAUGACCAUUUUUCAUACGUGCUGCUAACUCAAUUCCAAGGUUUGAAUAAAGUUCAAAGUGAGGGAAGUUGAUCUGAAAUAACUGGAAAUGUCAUGGUAUAUGUGCUCGUGUUUGGAAAACUCUGUCAAAAAUGACUCUCGGCCAACUUCGAGUUGUUGCAUCUUGAACGAUUUUGUAAUGUCUGUAGAUUCUGUUGUAGCAUGAUCUAAUUGUCAAACCUGAAGUCAUUUACAAAAGCGAUGAGCUUGAUUCCUAGCUUUACCAUCCUUUUUAUCCCGUUAGUAGCAUGUAAAUGAGUUUUUCUUUCACAAAUGAUAUUUCCUUUUUUUUCUUCUAA